GUGUGUGGUGUAAGUGAUGGCAACGCUAUGUGUAGGGAGUGUUGCAGUGAAUUGGGGGCCAUUUGUAAGCACUAAUGUUUGGAUGGAAUGGAUUAUUUGUAUGGCUCUCUCAGUACAAGCAAAACAUCGUUCAGUUUAUUCAGUGAUGAAAUAUUUGACAACACUUUAUAACGUUUGAAGUGUUGAUUGAAUUGGCGUUUGGUUUGCAUCUCAUUUGCAUUCACUGACCAUUCAAUGCAUUCAUCGCUUGAAUGCUAUUGCAUUACAACUACAGCUAAUCAACUGAUCAUUUGCUCAACCAUUGAAUGGCCGCCCAAAGUGGAGCCGAAGCUGAGGUAAGCGGUGAUAACGAGAUGCACAUCAAUGGCGGUGAAGACGCCAACGACGCGAUACAUCCGUCGCCAUCGGCCACCACUUCCCGUGUUGGGAACGGAUCGGCGGCUGAACCGCCGCCACAAUACGGUGUCCUCAAUAUACACGAAGAGUCCAUCGAUUACGAUAUGAAGCACAAGAGUUUCGGCAAAUGUGUGAUUUUGAAUCACGAGUUCUUCAAACGCACGGAUGUCUGUCCGCAACGGAAGGGCAGUUCGGCCGACGCUAACAAUCUCUUCCAGUGCUUCACAAACAUUGGCUUUGAUGUCAAGAUGAAGAACGACAUGGACUGUCAGCAGCUCUUCCAAUACAUGUCGUCAGUGUCGAAAGAGGACCACUCAGACAACGACUGUUUUGUGUGUUGUAUUCUAACGCACGGCACGAAUGACUCGCUCUGGGCUUACGAUCAGUUGUAUUCGUUUGAAAGCAUUCUCAGCUUCUUUACGGGCGAUAACUGCAUGUCUUUGGCCGCCAAACCAAAGAUAUUCAUUAUUCAAGCGUGUCGAGGAGCCAAAUACGACGCCGGCGUGGAUGUGAAAGUGCCGUCCGAUGUGUGCGACAGUGGGAACGGCUGUAAAAUAGUCAAAAUCCCCGCUUACGCCGACUUCUUGAUCGCUUACUCCGCCUUUUCCGGUCUGUAUUCGUGGCGCAACACGCUUGAGGGCAGCUGGUUCAUCAACUUCUUCACCAAAGUCGUCAACCAAUACCACAAGAAUAUGGAUCUGCUAUCGAUGCUGACGAUCAUCAACCAGAAGGUGGCCUACAAUUGCGCCUCAAUGACCAAAGAGGAGGCCGACAACGGCAAGAAACAGGUCGGAUGUAUCACUCAUACGCUCACCAGAAGAAUAUUCUUCGCGCCUAAAGAGCACAGCAGUCGCAGCACUUACUUGUGAACCGCCGAUCAUGUCUUCAGAUUCUAAUUGUUUCGCACAAAACAUGUUUUUUACAAAUUUUAUAUAUCUUUUUGUUUGCAAACAUUGAUUCAGAGAUUUAAUCGUGAAUUUUAAAAAAAUUAAACAUUUAUUUUACAUAAGUUUGAAACCAAUAAAACGAGCGUUUAUUUAGUC